UCAGGCGACACCAGUCCCUGUUUACUUUUUAACUGUGUUAGCCGAUAUUGCGCAUUUGGGAUCUCCAUAAUAUUCUUGUUUUGACGACAAAAGCUACUUUUCACAGUUGUUUCAACAUCAUUGAACGUUUUUUUUUUGUUGCCUUAAUUCUUCAUGUCAGGAUAAACUAAGAAGCUUCUCGGGCUAGCUUAGCUCGCUAGCUGCUAACAAAGAGACAAAGCGAAAGUGAAAGAAACGUCGCUAAAGUGUUGUGAUUGUGUGAAAAUGUGCAAAGUAGAAAUACUGAGAGUGUUGGUGAAGCAGCGACUAACUGCUGCUGUGGAAGAAAUAUUUGUAGUGUUAGAAAGAACCAUAGCAGAAUACGAGGAGGAACUUUCUAGAAGAAAAGAGGAGAACGAGCGACAACGUCAACUACUGGACGCUCUUUUCAACAAACAUCAACAAACAGAUGUCAGACAAAGACCUAUUUCUCCUGAGCAAAAAGAGUGGAGCUCCAGCAUGGAAGAAGGGGAGCCACAGCUCCCCAACAUUAAAGAAGAAGAGCAGGAACAUCUUGAAAGACUGAAGGCGUUCCCGGUGAUUGUUGUGCCCGUGAAGAGUGAAGAUGAAGACGACCAAGAGGAGCAGAGAAAGGCGGAGAGACCAAGCAGCAGCUCCACUCAGCACAAGACAAGAGAAGGUGAUGGUGGAGGAUCACACGCAGACUUGGCUCCACUGUCAGAUAGUGAGCACAGCACGUCUGCUGACACCGACGACGAAGCUGCUCAGACACGUCACGCUGACAACACGCACUUGAAAUGCUCGCACUGCGACAAAACGUUCGGCAAGAAGAGAAACCUGACGAGACACGUGAGACGUCACACGGACAGCAGAUGCUGGAAGUGCUCUCAGUGCGGCAAAACAUUUAGCAAGAAGGGAAAUCUGACCGUGCACACCAGGAUCAUCCACGCCGGUGAGAAACCUUUCUGCUGCGCCAUUUGCGGCAAACGCUUUUCUACCAAGUCCAACAUGACGACACACACCAGGACACACUCUGGCGGCGCCGACGACGCACGCUUCCGAUGCUCCCAAUGUGACAAAACCUUCAUCGCCAAGGCCUUUCUAAUACGACACAUGAGGAGUCACACCGGAGAGAAACCGUUCGCUUGCUCGGUCUGCGACAAAAGGUUCACCCGCCACGAUUAUAUGAAAAGACACAAAGUAAUGCACACCGGAGAAAAACCCUAUUCUUGCUCAAUCUGCGGCAGAGGCUUUUAUGUCAGCUCAGCUUUGCUUAAACACACCAGAACGCACACGGGGGAGAAGGUGUCGACUUGCAGUGUCUGAUUAGGGAUCUUCUCAGAAGUAGCACUGAAGUUGCAGUGUCUGAUUAGGGAUCUUCUCAGAAGUAGCACUGAAGUUGCAGUGUCUGAUUAGGGAUCUUCUCAGAAGUAGCACUGAAGUUGCAGUGUGUGAUGAAGGAUCUUCUCAGAAGUAGCACUGAAGUUGCAGUGUCUGAUUAGGGAUCUUCUCAGAAGUAGCACUGAAGUUGCAGUGUGUGAUGAAGGAUCUUCUCAGAAGUAGCACUUAAGUUGCAGUGUCUGAUUAGGGAUCUUCUCAGAAGUAGCACUGAAGUUGCAGUGUGUGAUGAAGGAUCUUCUCAGAAGUAGCACUUAAGUUGCAGUGUGAUUAGGGAUCUUCUCAGAAGUAGCACUUAAGUUGCAGUGUGUGAUGAAGGAUCUUCUCAGAAGUAGCACUGAAGUUGCAGUGUGUGAUGAAGGAUCUUCUCAGAAGUAGCACUUAAGUUGCAGUGUCUGAUUAGGGAUCUUCUCAGAAGUAGCACUGAAGUUGUAGUGUGUGAUGAAGGAUCUUCUCAGAAGUAGCACUUAAGUUGCAGUGUGAUUAGGGAUCUUCUCAGAAGUAGCACUUAAGUUGCAGUGUGUGAUGAAGGAUCAUCUCAGAAGUAGCACUUAAGUUGCAGUGUGAUUAGGUUUCUUCUCAGAAGUAGCACUGAAGUUGCAGUGUGUGAUGAAGGAUCUUCUCAGAAGUAGCACUGAAGUUGCAGUGUGAUUAGGUUUCUUCUCAGAAGUAGCACUGAAGUUGCAGUGUGUGAUGAAGGAUCUUCUCAGAAGUAGCACUUAAGUUGCAGUGUCUGAUUAGGGAUCUUCUCAGAAGUAGCACUGAAGUUGCAGUGUGUGAUGAAGGAUCUUCUCAGAAGUAGCACUUAAGUUGCAGUGUGAUUAGGGAUCUUCUCAGAAGUAGCACUUAAGUUGCAGUGUGUGAUGAAGGAUCUUCUCAGAAGUAGCACUGAAGUUGCAGUGUGUGAUGAAGGAUCUUCUCAGAAGUAGCACUUAAGUUGCAGUGUCUGAUUAGGGAUCUUCUCAGAAGUAGCACUGAAGUUGUAGUGUGUGAUGAAGGAUCUUCUCAGAAGUAGCACUUAAGUUGCAGUGUGAUUAGGGAUCUUCUCAGAAGUAGCACUUAAGUUGCAGUGUGUGAUGAAGGAUCAUCUCAGAAGUAGCACUUAAGUUGCAGUGUGAUUAGGUUUCUUCUCAGAAGUAGCACUGAAGUUGCAGUGUGUGAUGAAGGAUCUUCUCAGAAGUAGCACUGAAGUUGCAGUGUGAUUAGGUUUCUUCUCAGAAGUAGCACUUAAGUUGCAGUGUGAUUAGGUUUCUUCUCAGAAGUAGCACUUAAGUUGCAGUGUGUGAUGAAGGAUCUUCUGAGAAGUAGCAGGUGAGGACCACCAGCAGGUGUGCCGGGCAGAAGUAAAUGAAGCUGCAGCAUCAAGACUGUGACUUUCUAACAUCAUCAGCACAUAGGAUGUGUGACAUCUUGUCAAUAUGCUUCCACCAUAAAAAAUGCAGUUGAAUAUUUCAACUUUUCCCCAUUUUGUUACAUUACGACCGCACACAUAUGUUGUUCCAACACGAAGGUGUGCACACUUGUAAAGUGCAAUAGAAAUGCGACAUGAUUUCAUAAGAAAUAACUUAUUUUUUUUUUGUACGAAAGACAGUGUCAGAAGUUGCCUGCUGAAAGAAGACAUGUGGACCACAGAGUGUGUGGAAUGUCAUCUGAGUAUGAAUAUAAGUGUUCUGGGAUGCCUUCAGGAGAACAUUUUUACAUUUUAAGUUGACACCCUGUGCAGAAUUGGCUAUUUUUGGAUUUGCACCAAACUAUCAAAAAAAAGGAAGCAGACUUUUAGGGACAGUAUCGCCUUCACAUCAUUACUCACUUGUGGAAGGAUUUUGUGGGAGUGGAAAUAAACAGUUUGUCCGCCUCUGA